AUCCCCAAGAAGAAAUGUGUUACUGUAACCACACAGACAGCACCAACACGCACCACAUUGUGGUCAACAUUACCGCAGACAGGCGAUUCAGUGGUGCACACAUCCAGGGUGUGCUGGCCAGCGAAACAUCUUUCAUCUACAGCAACGUUCAAAGUUUUCCCAAGAUUUAUAAUAUAUCUGAGAUAAAGCUCACAGUCAAUGAAUUGAAUCUACCAUUUCUAAUAAACAAACCGGUAGUUGACACCAAUGUAUCUGAACUUAAGGCAUGCUGCAGAGAUUCCCCAUUACCCUGCAGGACAAAGAUCGUGUCCAAUGACGUGGUCGUCGCAUCAGGCGUCCCUUGCGUCGCGUAUAACUUUAGUAACCAUGACAACGGCACUGCGCAGUUGAUAGUAGAUGUCUGUGACGUCAUGGAGUAUACAAUCCCUGUGAGGUUUUUGCAAGACUCAGAUCUCUUAACUUCAUUCAUGAAAAUGGAUACGUUAUUAAUUAAAGUCACAACACCGGCUGCAGCAGUAAUUGUGACGAUUCUAUUUGUUGUUUGUGCUAUAUCUUACGUUAAAGGUAAUUUUAACUUUUACAAUUUUGGAAAUGUUGUUAUACGAGUAGAUAAUUUACAUCUAUAAUCACACAAAAAAUACUCAUGUCUUUUACAAGUAAAACGUAGUAGUUGAGACUGAAUUAUGAAUAUAUGAAAAAGAAAAAUAAUAAUGUAGAAACAUACAUGAACUAAACAACAGCUGUAUAAUAAAUAA